GACCCUUUUUGCCAGUAGUACCCCUCGAACCUGAAGUCGAGCAAAAAUGUCUAACACCAUAGCAUUGUACCCCUUAUCGAAUUUCACGUUCAGUACAAAGGAAGCCCAACCAGAGGAAGAUCCUUCUGUGUCCGCUCGUCUCCAGCGUCUCCAGAAUAACUAUGAAGACUUCGGUAUGCGACGUACUGUGGAAGGUAUCCUCGUCGUGCAUGACCACGGACACCCACACAUCCUCAUGCUUCAAAUUGCCAACGCAUUCUUCAAACUACCAGGGGAUUAUCUUAAACCCGGAGAAGACGAAAUAGAUGGUCUCAAGCGCAGGCUUGACGAUCGACUUGCUCCACCAACAGAAUCGCGCCAGUUUAAUGCUUCCCACGGCGUCGAUAACGAAUGGGAGAUUGGAGAUUGCUUGGCACAGUGGUGGAGACCGAACUUUGAGACUUUUAUGUAUCCCUUCGUUCCCGCACAUAUCACUAAACCAAAAGAAUGUAAGAAGCUUUUCCUGGUGCAGAUGCCUGAACGAAAGGUUUUGGCUGUUCCAAAAAACAUGAAACUCCUGGCUAUCCCACUGUUUGAACUAUAUGACAAUGCAGCUCGGUACGGCCCUCAGCUCUCCGCUAUCCCUCACUUGCUCUCCAGGUACAACUUCAUUUAUCAGUGAUUCUUUGUUGGAGGCCGCGGGAAAAGCUUGAGAAACGAUAGAAGACGCAAGAAGAAACAAUAGUGGCAGUACAAUGAGAGCCCCAGGACUAGUCACAAUACCACAUUACAAUUCAGCAAAACGAAAAGUAUCAAGCUCAACAUAAAAUCACGGCGAGGAGCAUGUACAACGCCGCCAACGUGUACUCGGAUUGUUAUCACCACUUUCAAAGUUACUACCGCACCAAUUUUAGGCAAUUUGCACUUCAGAUGUCUUUAGCUUUUCUCUCGCUUCCCUUUGAAUUCGAUUGGUAGAAUUAAUAGCCCCUGUUUUCGAUGUUGUUAACUGAAUGUAAUAAUGUUGCAUCGCUGUGCUGCUU